UCAAUCUCCCCACUCUCUCUCUCUCUCUCUUCUCCGCCAUGGCCGUGCCUUCUACUCCUAUCCUCAAAGACGAGCUCGACAUCGUCAUCCCCACCAUCAGGAACCUUGAUUUCCUGGAGAUGUGGAGGCCUUUCUUCGAGCCAUACCAUCUGAUCAUCGUCCAAGAUGGAGAUCCGACGAGGUCGAUUAAGGUCCCUGAGGGGUUCGACUACGAGCUCUACAACCGCGACGAUAUCAAUCGGAUCUUGGGUCCCAAAGCGUCCUGCAUCUCAUUCAAGGACUCUGCUUGCCGUUGCUUUGGCUACAUGGUGUCGAAGAAGAAGUACAUUUUCACCAUCGACGAUGAUUGCUUUGUUGCUAAAGAUCCGUCAGGAAAACAGAUAAAUGCUCUGGAGCAGCACAUAAAAAACCUUCUUAGCCCUUCGUCCCCCUUUUUCUUCAACACUCUAUACGAUCCAUACCGAGAGGGUGCUGACUAUGUUCGUGGAUACCCUUUUAGCCUACGAGAAGGAGUACCUACGGCGGUCUCUCAUGGCCUUUGGCUCAACAUCCCAGACUAUGAUGCACCCACCCAGCUUGUGAAACCACUAGAGAGAAAUACCAGGUUUGUAGAUGCAGUUCUAACUAUACCCAAAGGGACCUUGUUCCCGAUGUGCGGGAUGAAUUUGGCAUUCAACCGUGAACUGAUUGGCCCUGCGAUGUAUUUUGGACUAAUGGGUGAUGGCCAGCCGAUUGGACGAUACGAUGAUAUGUGGGCAGGAUGGUGCACCAAGGUGAUCUGCGACCACUUGGGGUGGGGCAUCAAGACGGGCCUGCCGUACAUCUGGCACAGCAAGGCAAGCAACCCCUUCGUCAACCUCAAGAAGGAAUACAAUGGGAUCUACUGGCAGGAGGAGAUAAUCCCAUUCUUCCAAACUGCAGUCCUUCCAAAGGACUGCACCACCGUCCAGAAAUGCUACAUUGAACUCUCAGUGCAGGUGAAAGCCAAGCUUGGGAAGAUAGAUCCCUAUUUCCUCAAGCUCGCUGAUGCCAUGGUUACAUGGAUCGACGCUUGGGACGAGCUCAACCCAGCUGCCAAGCUACAAAACGGCAGUGCUCCCAAAUAGAGAUUUUGAUGAACGGUUUUCCCCUUUAAUGUGUUAGUUACUCGAUUCAGUUUAUUAGCUGUAACUCUAUUUUUUUUCCUCUCUUUGAGUUUUAAUCCGUUAGCUGUUGGGUUUUUUUUUUUUUUUUUUUUUGAAAUUGGUGGAUGUAUGUUAUUUUUAUACUUACCCUCUUUGAGCUUAAUAAAAAUAUUUAUGUAUGGUUUUUAUA